AUGUUAAGAGUCCGUGCGUGGAAGGGUCGCGGUGGCCCGCCAUUCGUUUGUGCCAGUUGUCGACUCCAGCUCUCGUUACAAUGCUCGCCAUCUGCCCGGGGCAUUUUCUCAACCUCUAGGCUCCGUGCCUGCGACAACGGUAGCAAAGGUCCGUCGGCCACGGGCUUUGCUGGCCCUGCAGCAACCUCCUGGGGCUCUUUUGCAGCCUUCAAGAAGCCGCAAGGCGCCAGCGGCUUGCCGAGUGCCAGUCUUCUCCCACAUGAGAUGGAGGCGAGGAAGCGCAGUGGCGUCAUCAUCAAACCAGCGCCUAGGCAGACUCCCGACGUGACGACGCCAGCCUCUGGCAACGGUGAGGGAGGGGGCGUGCAGACUAGAGCGACUAGCGGAACCCUCGAAACACAUCAAGCGUUCGUGCAAAAGUCCAAGUCUGUCCUUGCGGAUGUUUUCAAGACGGUUAGAGACCCUCAGUCUGCAGUCACCCCCGACUCGCGACGUCCAGCCGGUGGUCAAAAACCCGAUAGCAGUCCCGCUACCGGUACAUUGGCACCCGGACCGUCAGGUAACGCGCCCUCGACACUAUCGAAACCGAUUCCGUUUGGCGGUGCACCAAGGCAGAUAGGAUGGGGUACUUUCAGCCAUCGCAAGUCCCAACUGGAAAACCCGGAGAACGAGUCUAGUAUGCGGUCAGACAUGACUCGAACGAAGGAAGCGACGCAAAAAUCCCAAGCAAAAUCGGCGUCGAAUGGAGUUGCAGAUAAACCCCCUCCACCAGUGCAAGAUUUCUGGGGUGAGCUAGAUACACGGUUGACAGACAUCAGGAACGGGAAAGCCAAGAAGCGACAGAACUCGACCGGCGCAAUCACAGGGAGCAAAAACGACGCUGAAAACUCGUCAUCAUCAAACGUAGACGCCAUGUUCAGCACGCAGAACCAACGACGAAAAUCCCGAUUUGAAAUCGAACAAGAGCCCAAGCCUGAAGAUCGACGGUUGAAAAAGCAGAAGAAGGGAGGACGAGGUCGCAGAAUGGAGGAUGAAGAAGAUUGGGACGACGAAUCGAUACACCGAUACGAACAGAAACGACGGCGAAAAGCCGAGAAAGAAGCGCGCAAAGAGCAUCAGCUUCAAGAAGAGCAGCCCGCUAUCCCAAUCUUCCUUCCAGAAUACAUCAGCGCCUCUAACCUGGCACAGGCUCUUAGGCAACGACUUGAACAGUUCUUGGUAGACAUGGGAGAGAUGGGGUUUGAAAACGUCAGUCCAGACUCCAUCAUUACUGGAGAGACAGCUGCGCUCGUCUCCAUGGAAUACGGCUUCGACCCGACAGUGGAUACCGGCUCUCAACGAGACUUGAGCGCUCGGCCUCGUCCCGAAGACGUAUCUUCGCUCCCCAGCCGCCCUCCAGUAGUCACCAUUAUGGGUCACGUCGACCACGGGAAGACAACGUUGUUGGAUUGGCUGCGGAAGUCCUCUGUCGCCGCUCAUGAACAUGGCGGAAUCACUCAACAUAUCGGCGCCUUUGUCGUGCAGAUGUCCGGUGGAAAGCAGAUUACGUUUCUGGACACGCCAGGACACGCGGCUUUCCUCUCGAUGCGGCAGCGCGGGGCCAAUGUCACAGACAUUGUCGUCCUCGUCGUCGCAGCGGACGAUGGCGUCAUGCCUCAGACCCUUGAAGCUCUCAAACAUGCUAGGUCGGCCAAGGUACCCAUCAUCGUGGCCAUCAACAAAGUUGACAAGGAAGAUGCUCGGGUCGACCAAGUCAAGGCCGAUCUUGCGCGGCACGGUGUUGAGAUUGAGGACUACGGUGGCGACGUGCAGGUUGUCUGCGUUAGCGGCAAAACGGGACAGGGCAUGCCCGACCUGGAAGAAAACAUUGUUACCCUUUCCGAGGUUCUCGACGUCCGAGCCGAGCCUGACGGCAUGGCAGAAGGCUGGGUUCUCGAGUCUAGUUUGAAACAAGACGGCAAGGCGGCGACGGUGCUGGUCAACAGGGGAACCUUGCGGCCGGGAGACCUCAUCGUCGCGGGUAAAACUUGGGCCAGAGUCCGCUCUCUGCGCAACGAGGCCGGAACCGAGCUCUCCGAGGCGCCGCCAGGUAUUCCCGUGGAGAUUCAGGGUUGGCGUGAGCUUCCGGAGGCAGGCGAACAGGUCAUACAAGCCCCCAGCGAGAGCAGGGCCAAGACUGCCGUCGAGUACCGGUUGGAAAUGGCCGAGCGUGAGGAGAGCUCCGCCCAGCUGGCGCAGCAGGAGCAGCGACAGCGGGAGAGAGCGGCUGCGGAAGCCGAAGCGGCGACGGGGCAAGACGGAGCUGGCCAAGCCGACAGCGGCGUCUUGUACCAGAACUUCACCGUCAAAGCCGAUGUUGCCGGCUCCGUGGAAGCCGUGUGCGGAAGCAUCCUGGAGCUGGGCAACAAUGAGGUGCGGGCCAAGGUCCUUCGCUCCGCCGCUGGUCCGAUAUCAGAAUACGACGUUGACCAUGCGGCUGCGUCCCAGAGCGUCAUUGUCAACUUCAACGUGCCCAUCCUGCCGCACAUCAAGCAACGUGCCGAGGAAGCCAGGGUGAAGAUUAUCGACCACAGCGUCAUCUACCACGUUGCAGACGACGCCAAGGCCGUUCUAUCAGACCUGCUCCCUGUGAACAUCACAAGCCGGGUAAGCGGCGAAGCUGACGUUCUUCAGAUUUUCCCCAUCAACAUGAAGAAGAAGGUCGUCAACAUUGCGGGAUGUAGGAUUCGAAAUGGAUCGAUCAAGAAGUCAUUGCCGGUAAGAGUGCUGCGGAAUGGCAAAGUCAUAUUUGACGGCAACAUCGAGACGCUUAAACAUGUCAAGAAAGACGUCAUGGAAAUGGGCAAGGGUGCCGAGUGCGGCAUCGGCUUGGAGGGAUUCCAAGACUUUCAGGUGGAUGACCAGAUUCAAGCCUACGAAGAAGUCCGGGAGAAGCGAGCGUUGCAGUAA